AUGGUAGCCCACACCAAUCCUGAAUUUGAAAGCCAAGAAUGGUACGCAGAAAGUGGCACCAAUGCCCAUAUCACCUCAGAGGUCGAAAACAUCACUACUCCACAACCAUUUGAUGGGAAUGAUACAAUUCACAUUUUCUUCUCGGUGUAUGAGGAUGAUAUUGUUAUUAUAGGGAACAGUGAAACUCAGGUAUCUUGUCUUACUGACAAGCUACAUGCAUAUUUUGUAAUGAAUGAUUUGGGGCUUAUUGGUUUCUUUCUCGGCAUUCGAGUGACAUUUGAACCCAAUGGUCUUCAUCUUCGGCAAUAUAAGUACAUUGGUGACCUCUUACAGCGUGUUCACAUGGUAUAUCAUGCUCCUUGUAUUUCUGGCACAAAGCUGUCUAAAUUUGACAGAGACACACUUGAAAAUCUAUCUAAAUAUAGGCACGUUGUGAGGACCUUGCACUAUGUGACUUUAACAACGCUUGACAUUGCCUACUCUGUCAAUCAUUUGUGCCAACAUAUGCAGACACCUACAACUGCUCAGUACUGGACCAAUGCCAAGCGAGUGUUGCGGUAUCUCAAAGGUUCAGUUGAUCUUGGCUUAUUUUAUAGUAAUGCUAGCAUUUCUCUUAAUGCCUUUUGUGACUGUGACUGA